AGUUCAUCCCUUGUUCCUCUUCCUUGAACUCCCCUACUUUGAGUGUUAUUGUAUCCAACUGUCAGGAAGCUGGUUGUGUUUUUAAUUAGAGUGGGAGGGAAGGGCUGAACGAGUUCAAAGCCGAGCCACGUGUACAGAUCGUAUCAGAAGUCUUAAUGGCCUCUGCUGAAGUGUCGGCUUAGCAACCCGGACUUGAAGGAGUUGAAUUCCUCUGUUACCUCAUAGCAGUAACCAUGAUUUCGGUACUGCUUCACAGACUGGGGUCAGCCAAUUUGCUGCUUUUCCUUAUCUUUGUAAUGCUGGAUGUUCAUGCAAGGCCAGCCAACAUGUCCGCCCUAAAAGAAAAGUCACCAGACAGCAAAGAGGAAAAUGAAAUCCUUCCACCAGAUCAUUUAAAUGGUGUCAAAAUGGAGAUGGAUGGUCACUUAAAUAAAGAUUUCCAUCAAGAGGUAUUCCUUGGCAAAGAGAUGGAGGAAUUUGACGAAGACUCAGAACCCAGGAAGAAUCGACAUAAACUAAUUGAAAUCUUCACCAAAGUGGAUAUCAAUAGAGAUAAAAGUGUGAGUGCAAAAGAGAUGCAGCGAUGGAUUAUGGAGAAGACAGAAGAGCAUUUCCAACAAGCAGUUAAAGAGAACAAGCUGAGUUUCAGAGCUGUUGAUCCUGAUGGUGAUGGUCAUGUUACUUGGGAUGAAUAUCGAAUAAAGUUUCUGGCAAGCAAAGGAUUCAAUGAAAAGGAAAUUGCAGAAAAGGUGAAAAACAAUGAAGAUCUAAAGAUUGAUGAAGAAACUCAAGAGGUGCUCGAGAAUCUGAAAGACCGAUGGUUUCAGGCUGAUAAUCCCCCUGCUGACCAGCUUUUAAAUGAAGAAGAGUUCCUGUCUUUUUUGCAUCCAGAGCAUAGCAGGGGCAUGCUUAAGUUCAUGGUCAAGGAAAUUGUCAGAGAUCUAGAUCAGGAUGGGGAUAAAAAGCUGACCCUUUCAGAGUUCAUCUCUCUCCCUGUGGGAACAGUAGAGAAUCAAAGAGCCCAGGAUGUUGAUGAUGAUUGGGUCAAUGAGAGGAAAAAGGAAUUCCAAGAAGUUAUUGAUGCCAAUCAUGAUGGCAUUGUUACUAUGGAGGAGCUUGAGGAAUACAUGGACCCCAUGAAUGAGUAUAGUGCCCUGAAUGAAGCUAAGCAAAUGAUCGCCGUGGCUGACGAAAACCAGAAUCAUAACUUGGAGUUAGAAGAGAUCUUGAAGUACAGUGAAUACUUCACUGGAAGUAAACUAAUGGAUUAUGCCCGAAAUGUGCAUGAGGAGUUCUAAGCAGCAAAUACCUUUUGCCAGUGGCAGAGUUUUGGUUUUGAGGAGCAACAAUUGGGUUGCAUUUCUGAAGGGUUGUGUUUUUCUGAGUAUCUGAUUGGCUACUUUUCUGUGAAUGCAAACAUAUUGAUGUAUCGAUCCGUUGCCUCCGUAAAUUACCAGCAAACCACUCACGAGCGCACAUCUUGAUUCAUCUUCAUGUUUCCAUUUUUUUUAUUUAAAAAAAAAAAAGCAUAAACUGAUAUAAUAAACAUAAAUUGACAGUGUCAUGUUAACUUUAAUAAGAAAAUGCAAUAAAAUAUAAGGAAAAUCAUGGCUAAAUUUUGGUUUGGAUGCACAUCUCCCUGCACAUAGUGUUUCACAUCGGAGGUAAAAACUCGGCUCUCAUGCAGUUCUGCUGUUUUCACUAAAAAAGGUAACAAUGGCCUGCCACUACUUUAAGGGCACCUUUGAACGCAACAUUAAAACCAACCGUGUCCCUGCUUCAGUGUGUGAACUUUUAAACACUUUUGUUUAUCCUGAAACAUAAUUGUAAAGUGGCAGACUGCAUGAAGGAGUAGAUCUAGAUUAAUGCAUAAAAUCCAUCUUGUUUGUGGAUGUGACUGCUUGUACUUUUUCCCUAAUGUAACGCUGGUGAAAUAUUCAAAACGUGCAAUAAAAAUGCUUUCUGCGAACUAUGGUCACCGUAGUCUACCUAUUAAGCUAACUUUUUAAAUUUGUAAAGUCGGAGGUAGACAUUUUUCCUUUUUAAGUGUGUCAGCAGCCAGUUUCAGAUAUUGAAAAUUUAAAAUGCGCUUUAUAUACCGUGUGUGUGAAUGUAUGAUACAGAUAUAUACUCACACCAUAUAUUUACAUAUCUGUAUUUAUAUCAAAUUAAACAAGACUCAUUAAAUUUGUCAAGCACAUUUAUGAAUCAUUGAAAGCUUUCAGAUGCAAAAAGUACAUUAUUUAUUUGAUUUGGAACUUAGCAAAAUGGGAAAAAAAUAUAAUAUAUAUAUAUAUAUGAGCUUCAUUAAAGACAAGUAAUCCUGUCUGAAAGUUUGCCCACCAGAUGCAUAAAGGAAUCCUAGAUAUUCCCAAGAAUACAUUUUUACAUAAAUAAUUAAAAUGCAUGUUUGCUUCUUUUCUGUUCAUACUAUUGUAGAAAGACUGAUCCUCAGUGUUCUGUAUAUUUUGUUGGUUUGUUUUUUCUUUUGAGUUCUUACAUUAAAUAAUGUAUUUUGUAA